AUGACAGUGUGGACAACGGUAAGCCUGGAAGAGGAGGAGCAACAGCCAAUCAAGAGGCAGACUUGGAGGCUAGAACAGCCGGUUUGGGCCGGGGCGCAUGCAUUAGGAAGGCAUAUGCUCUUAUGCGCUGCCCUGGGCGCCCCUGUACAAAAGGAGACCACUGCUGGCAGUAUGGAGGAACGCAUUACCCACUCCGACCACACCAUGUGA